GCUAUUGCUCUGUUUCUUCAUCUUGUUGUCAUGUGCCAGGACCCAGACGUGUACUAUUCUGUUUAUCUUUCCUGUUACUGUUCAUUUCUUAUUAUCAUAUCAGACGGACUUGUCUUCCUCAUCUGAUCUGUGUUUGUCAGUGUGCAAAGAGAGCAUCGUAGUUAAAAGAGGAAAGCAACAGCAGCAGGGGCAAAGGAAAAGAGAAAAAAAGAAAGGAAAGAAGAGCUGCAGCACCAAAAACAAAAGCAAAUAAGAUGAGGUCCCAACCACCAUCAUCUCCACGUUUCCUUCCAUCCCUCCCAUAUACUUUCCCUUGUAAACAAGCUUCUUCCCUGGCUCUCAAAGUCUCAAAGCCAGCAGCGUCAUCUGAUCUCUCCCCGUAUCCUCUCACAAUUCCCAACACCGAGAAAGGAGCAUGGAUCCAAGGCACCUAGUAUGUCCUCUCUCUGCUCAUCACAAUGAUUUAUCCCAGAAGCUCACAGAGAUGCUCUCCUAGCACCUGGAGACUCAGUCUCACAGACUGAGGAGUGAAGUAGCUACCAUCUCGCCUCGUUUCUCCCAGUCUGCCGUUGCUGCUGCUGCUGCUGCCAGAGCCCAGAGCUCGUGGUGGGAGGCAAUGGCCUCGUCACCGCUUGCAAUCUCGGGGGGACAGCCUACCUGGGUCCCCUAUGAGCCAACCAAAGAUUGCUCCCAGGGCCUGUGCAGCAUGUACUGCCCGCAGUGGUGCUACUUUAUCUUCCCUCCGCCUCCGCCGUUCGACGUCGGCGGCCCCAGCCCCGACGACUCCUCCGGCCCUGUCUUCUCCCCGCUUGUCAUCGCCAUCAUCGGCGUGCUGGCGAUCGCCUUCCUCCUCGUCAGUUACUACACCUUCGUCUCCAGGUACUGUGGCACCUUCGGUUCCUUCCGGGGCAGAGUCUUCAGUUCCAACUCAGGUGGCGGUGCCCGCCGCCGUGGCAACGGCGGUGGCGGUAGCAGCGGAGGCCAAGGGCAAUCCAGGAGCCAAGAAUCGUGGAACAUCUCGCCGUCGACCGGACUGGAUGAGACCUUGAUCAGCAAGAUCACCUUGUGCAAGUACAAGCGUGGUGAUGCCUCGGUCCACACCACGGACUGCUCGGUCUGCCUCGGCGAGUUCCGGGACGGGGAGAGCCUCCGGCUGCUGCCCAAGUGCAGCCAUGCCUUCCACCAGCAGUGCAUUGACAAGUGGCUCAAGUCGCACUCCAAUUGCCCUCUGUGCCGUUCCAACAUCACCUUCAUCACUGUGGGGAUGGGGACGGCGACGCAGGAGGCCGAGGGCCGUGGUCCAGGCGAGAGUGUUGGGAGAGACGCUGCCCAUGAGGUGGUUGUGGUGAUGGAUGACUUGGAAAUCUUGUGCGACGAGCAGCAGAGCAUGGCGGGCAGCACAGAUGGUGAUGGUGAUGGUGAUGACCAGGAGGCAAAUGGUGGUAGUCCGGAGGAAACGGACGACGCUGACAGCAAGGCUGAGAUCAGAGAAGAAUGCCCGCCGCCGCUGAAGUUCAAGCCAGGGCCUUCGUCGUCAGACCCGGACCAUGACAUCCGCAUGUCCAUCGCCGACGUUCUGCAGGCCAGCAUGGAAGACGAGCUCUUCGCAGCCAGGGAGAGCGGCAUCCUUGCAGGUGGCGCCGGCACAUCAAGACGGUGUCCCGGCGAGAACAGCAAGGGGGGACGCAACAGCCGGCGCGCACCGCAGGACGCCAUGGACACCGCACCGGCGAUGAAGCGGUUGCCGCCUGCUGGGCGGUCGUGCUUCAGCAGCAAGAGUGGGAGGGGAAGGGAUUCAGAUCUUCCGAUGUGAGCUCAUCAGAGUUGUUUCAGAUUUUUACCUAGGAUGCUUAGCUUACUGGGCAGGCUUUCUUGUUUGCUUGCAAGACGGAAUGUCGAAUGGAAAAAAAGCAGGGACCGACAUCAUAGUCUGUGUGUCGUCUGGUGACAAUGUUCAUCCCAACAUGUGAUGCCAGGGUCCAAUAGUUCGUCUGCAUUGCUCGGUGAGGCCUCUUCUUCUGCUUCUAGUUGGUAGGCCUUGGAUCAUGUUUUUUUUGCUCUUCCAUCCUACGUAUUACGAAGGUUACGAAGACCCACAUCCAUUAUUUCAGUUAACAUGUUGUUACUGUGAAUUCAUUCAGUACAAGACUAGUCCAACAGUUUUCUGUUGCCUUCUGGUAUUGCCCUGCCAUUUUCUGGGUGGUCUUUUUUGCUCCUCUCGUUUUGUUUGACGUGUCAAUGUUUGAGCCUUCGCUUUUACUAAAUGCUGAGCACAUAGUAUGAAAACCGACUGUGCAAUGGGCUAGGGACCCAUCUUUUGCACUAAAACAAAUGCUGGAAUCCCGUUUGCGUUUGGAAUUUCUCAUCAUCAUAGCACAUAGCAGUAGUGGACCUAUUGCAUAGCCAGAUAAGCAUGUGUGCUAUAGCUCUGUUGUCUCUGAAGUUGCCUGUGGUCCAUCAUCCAUGAACCCCAACAAGCAACAAAGCUGCAAACCGACGGUGCUUUACUCCCGGUCCUGGGAUUAGAGUGACUUGUUUAAUUUCGUUACUCUCGUAUUAUACUCCUGCAGUGUUACUGCGUGAUCCAUACUCAGAUCUUAGCCUGUGAUGGGCGAUCAGAAUCUGAUCCCCCUCUGCUUUGGAAAAAAAAAACGGUUCCUUUUAUCGGCCACGACGCACCACUGUCCACUGGCAAUGGCCUCUCUCUCUCUCUCUUUUCUUUAGUUUGUUCCUUGACCCAAACAGAUGCUUGAAGUUUCUGUGACAGAAACGAUGCUGGAAUAUUUAGAUAUUAGGCGAUGCCCUGGCUGGACAACAUGUGGUUUGAUAUUCCAAAUCCGUGGCUGGGGAUUAGGUUACGUCUGGUACUCCAUCUGGUCGAUUCAACACGAGCCAUCUUUGGUCGUUUCAGCUACAACUUUAUUUAUCAUUAUCCUUUUUUAAAAAAAAGAAAGAAAGAAAGAAAGGAGAACUUUGUGCUGGAGCCACGAGCCCACGAUGUGUUUCCGGUGUUUGUUUAGUUGUUCCGGGUUGCCUGCCAUGAAACGGCUCUACUACUGAUGUGCCACCGUGAAGCGUGGACAUACAUACAUGGUAGCAGAUAGGUACAUGGGUUUGGUCGUCUGAUGCUGUCAGUGGAAUGCAUCACACGGACUAGGACCUGACGCCUGGUUUUUGGCACCGUUUGUAUCAUUGUACGGAGUAUGUCUCCCUCUUGGUGAUCGGUAUCCGUCGCGAUCGCACUUGCCGGCGAUUUGGAUCGUUGUGACUGCCUUGCUCGGCAAUUUGCGACGUGGAUUGCUGCACUAUUAGGCUAAUCUCAGUGCUUGUUUCACUUCACGGUUUCCAAAACGCCACAUCAGCUUUCACAGGAUGAAAUAAUUGAUGAAACUAUACUCCACAAUGCAGUGUUUCAUCUCAUCAUUUCCAAAACAAACUAAAGCAUUUAAUUGCUGUCAAACGAUCAGAUCAUAUGCUCCGUUGGCCAUGUAGCCAUUUGUACCCAAACGUUGCAUGUUAAUCACUGCAGCAGAAACGGUAUAGGAACAAUGAUAAAAUAAAGAGUUUUGACAGGAACCCAUAUUCAUAUAUAGCAGUUCAGGUCACCGAAACAUAGAUAACCAAGAUAGUAGUGCAGCCGAUAGUAGUUCAGGUCACUAAAACAUAGUAGAGGCGUAGAGCAGUUCAGGUAACCGAUACAUAGAGCAGUUCGAAA